AUGGAGAACCUUGACAAGCUGUCUGCGACGGGUCUGCCAGUGUUCGAUCUGAAUGCGGAGAACCUGCGGCGCAAGGACUGGACUAAAACAACCAUCGGCUCGCGCGAGUCGUGGCCCGUUGCAUUAACAUGUCUCGUCCACACGUGCGUGCUGCCCAUGCCCCACUGCAGCGCCAUCUUCUGGGGCCAGGACCUGAUAGUUAUACACAACCUCGCCUGGGAGAAGGCACGGGGUGGUCUUGAUGGCCAGGCCACCCUCGCGCGCGACAGCUACGGCCAUGAGGCGCUCGGCACGCUACGAACGGUGCUGAGAGGGCGAACGGUCAAGGUGGCCGCUAGGUAUUUCCUCAAGGACUUCGCCGAAGACCAUGAAACCCAGCUUCUCCUCAGUACUAUCUUAGACGAGAGCGGCACACGACAGGGCGUAUUGGCCCAGCUGCUCGAGAACCGACCUGUAGACCGCUACAUGCCCAUCGAGGGUAUCGAUAAAUUCUCGCGCCAAAAUCCAGGGAGACGAGUCAAGGACAAUGAGUCUCAACAGAAAGGCAAGCACAACAGUAAAACCGAGCAGGCAGAUUCCAUGCAGACCAACAUGUUCCAGCGCUUCGCCGAGCUGCUGCCCAAUGGCCUGGCCAUUCUCGACAAGGACGCCGAAGCCAUCUUCGUGAACGACGGCUUCUUCAAGCUGACCACGAACAAGGGCAACAACGAGUUUCGAUCGUGGCCUGAGAGCAUUCACCCCGACGACUACGAAGACGUUAUGACUGCAUACCGCAAGGCAUUCGAAAGCCGCACAGAGCUGCAGAUAGAGUUUAGAUGCGAUGUCGCUGAGCCUGAGGAAAUGAAGUCCAAGGGAGAGCAGUGGAGACUUUUCUUGCUCAAGCCUCUGAGUGAGGAGGCUGAUGCCGGUUUUAUUAGCGCCGUUAUCGACAUCACCGAUAUCAAACAUGCCCAAUUGACCCAAGAGAAAGCUGCCAAUGAUGCCAAAGAGCGCAAGGAGCAACAGGAGAGGUUUAUUGACAUGGUUUCCCAUGAGAUUCGAAAUCCUCUUUCUGCCGUCCUGCAUUUAGCUGAAGAAGUGAGAGAGAUUACUAAAGAAAUUGGGGCGCAACACGACGACAUCCACGACCAAGUGGCCGAUAUCUUGGACGCUGCCGACACUAUACUGCUUUGCGUCUCACACCAGAACACUCUUGUAGACGACAUUCUAUCUUUUUCCAAGCUCGACUCUAUGAUGUUGUCCUUAGUACCCCGACCAACAAGACCCAAAUGGGAGUUCUCCCAAGCACUCCGAGUUUUCCAUUCCGAGUUCAAAGCCAAGAACAUCAAGUUCCACUAUGCCAUGGACGUCUCAUAUGAGGAACAGAAAGUGGACCAUGUUGUCGCCGAUCUGAACCGCAUGAAGCAAGUACUGGUCAACUUGAUAACCAACGCUAUCAAAUUUACUUCCAAGAAGAAUGGCGACAGAAACAUCACUGUGUGUAUGGGUGCAUCCGUCAAGCGACCUACGUCUUACCCCCCAAACGUCAUCUAUUUCAGUGAAGAGAAAGAGGCUUUCCACCUUGAUUCCACAAUGACAUCGGAAUGGGGCGCCGGGGCUGCCAUGUACUUGAUGGUGGCCGUCAAAGAUACUGGUAUAGGCAUUAGCAAAGAGGGCCAGGCCAAACUGUUCGAGCGAUUUAGACAAGCGACACCCAAGACUCAGGAGAGAUAUGGCGGCUCAGGUCUUGGUCUGUUCAUAUCCCGCAAAUUAUGCACAUUGCACGGUGGAGACAUUGGCGUGAGUUCGAAGGAAGGAGAAGGUUCAACAUUCGGGUUCUUCUUCAAAGUCCGUCGCGCGGUCGGCGAAAAUAGUGAGGGGCGGCCGACACAAUCUCGAAGCAACUCUGAAACCUCAAACGCUUCCUCUCGCCCAGGAGAGUCCGGAUCGCGGCCGUCUCGUCCACCCAUUAGUCGUGCAAACUCGAAUCUCUCAAGCAUCAAAGAACGGAAGAAUGAGCGUCCUGAAGCGAAAACGCUCGCAAGUCAUGGCGGUGUGGAUACUGAGGAUGUCGAUCCUUCACUCAAGCAUCCACCAGUAGAGAAUCAUCCAGAGUCGCAUCCGAACUCAAACGAAGAUUCGCGCUACAAAGAGACGGAGAAGGCCACCGAGGAUAUCAGAACACAAAAGCCACACAUGGAAAGGAAACUACCCGACCUAAGGAGAGGUGAGACGUCACGCCAGGAGGACGAUGCUAAAGAGAUUACGAGAUCCCAGAGCGACCAGCGCAACGAAGACACACAUACCCUUCUUCUCGUGGAAGACAACCUCAUCAACCAGAAAGUGCUGCGGCGGCAGCUCCAAUCCCGUGGUUUCCAAGUGUUUACUGCGAACAACGGACAGGAAGCCAUCGACGCAGUCGCCGAGCGCGGACAAUUGGCGGACAACGGCCCCAAUGAUCGCAAUUACUUCGACUGCAUACUUAUGGACCAGGAGAUGCCAAUCAAAGAUGGCAAUGCGGCGACGCAAGAGAUCAGACAACUACAGGAUGAGGGCAAGGCUGGGUAUAGCCACAUUCUCGGUGUCUCUGCAAACGUACGGGAAGCGCAGACUAACAGCAUGCGCGCAGCCGGUAUGGACGACGUCAUCUCCAAGCCAUUCAAGGUCGACGAUCUGGUCAAGAAAGUUCGUGGGUUAGUGCUCAACGGCGGUGGUGGUUCAAAACAUGACAACCGGCCGAAUGGUAGCUCAGAUACUGGGCAGGAAGACAAGAGCAAGAACCAAAGGAAGAAGAGUGGGAAUCAGGAAGAUGAGGGCGCCAGCCAGCAAGAGAUGGGUGGCCUUCAUCCACAAGCCGCCGAACGACGAGAUAAGGACGGGCAUUCGAAUAACGAAAGAGAGAACCUGGAUCGAGGUGGCGAAAGGUCAAGAUCGCGCUCCAAAAGAACCGAAGGAUCUCCGAAGAACGAGCACAAGUCGCACGCCAAUGUAACCGAGGGGUCCGCGACGAACCAACAACAGUCAAAAUGA